AUGUUAAUGAUUUUUAUUGAAAUUUUAAGGCAUGAAUCACAGUUCAUUCAAGAUAUUAUAAAGCAUGUUCAAAAUAAACUCCAUCGCACUGUUUUACAUGUCCCUCCUUAUUUAAUUGGAAUAGAUUUUCUUGUGACAUGCAUUAACUGGUGGUUAAAAGGAGAUGGAUCAAAUAAAGUUGGGAUUGCAACAAUUUGCGGAAUUGGAGGGAAUGGGAAGACAACCAUUGCCAAAGUUGCUUACAAUCAAAACAUCGAAAUUUUUGAAGGCUACAGUUUCCUUGCUGAUGUUAGAGAAGUAAGCCAAGAAAGCAAUGGCUUGGUUCGUUUGCAAAGACAGCUUAUUUCAGAUAUCCUUAAGGGAAAAGUAAACAAAAUACAAAAAGCAGAUGAUGGAAUUAUUAAGAUCAAAGAAGCGUUAUGCUGUAGAAGAGUUCUUCUUGUGCUCGAUGAUGUGGAUGAUGCAGAAAAAAUAACUAAAAUAAUGGGAACCCAAGUAGCUUUUCAUCCAGGAAGUAAGAUCAUCAUAACUAGCAGACAUCGAUCCAUGCUGAAUGCUCCUUUCACUACCCAGCUGCUAAAUUUGGAAUCAUCAUCAUCCAAUUAUAGAGACAUCUGCAUGGAAUUUGAAGUGAAGGAAUUAACUUUUAACGAAUCACUUCAGCUUUUUAACUUAUAUGCCUUCGGAAAGAGUUCUCCGAUUGAGAUCAAGUCUAUGGAGUACGCAAGGAGAGUAGUGAAACAUUGUGGUGGGCUUCCAUUAGCUCUUAAAGUUUUGGCUUCUUCAUUAUCCGGAAAAAGUAUGAAUGUCUGGAAAAGUGCAGUGGAGAAAUUGAAAGCAAUCCCUGAUAGCAAAAUUCAAAAGAUUCUAAGAAUAAGCUAUGAUUCCAUGGAAGAUGAUCAUGAUAAAAAUUUAUUCCUCGACAUAGCUUGUUUCUUUAUCGGGAAGGAUAAAGAUUACACAACUACAAUUCUAGAUGGUUGUGAUUUCCAUACAACAGUUGGUAUUGAAAAUCUUAUUUGCAGGUCUCUCCUAGUUGUUAAUGAAAAAAAUAAGCUAAAGAUGCAUCAAAUGAUUAGAGAUAUGGGAAAGGAAAUUGUUCGACAAGAAUCUCUUGACCUUGGGAAGCGAAGCAGGUUGUGGCAUAAGGAUGCGUUUGAUGUAAUACGAGAAAAACUUGUAAGAGAUUUCAUUUUCAUCUACUUGUUUCUUUUUUGCAAUUUUUUAAUUUUAUUUUUUCAAGGGAAAUUCUUUCUCCAACAGGCUACAAAAACUGUUAAAUGCUUGACCAUUGACCUACAAGGAUUGCUACAUCUUGUAAAUCAAUCAAAAAAUCAAUUUCUCAUGUCAAAUGAGGUAGAUAUGGAAACUGAAGCAUUUACAAAGAUGCGGAGACUUAAACUGCUUCAGCUGGAUUAUGGAAAACUUACAGGAGACUAUAGAGACUUCCCAAAAGGCUUAACAUGGUUGCGUUGGCAUGGAUUUCCUCUACAAUAUAUUCCAACAGACUUAGAAAUUUCCAGGUUAGUUGUUCUUGACAUGCGCAGAAGCAGCCUAAAACAUGUUUGGAAGGAUUCAAAGGUGUGUGACUGUAACUUUUUUUUUUCUUUUUUGGUGAAGCAACAACACGUAUCUGAGCUAAAUGCUUUUUGUCUAUUUCUUCUUAAUUUACAGUGUCUUCCAAAUUUGAAGAUUCUUAAUCUCAAUCAUUCACAUGGUCUUGUCAAAACCCCAAACUUUUCAGGACUCCGUAGACUUGAGAAAUUGAUGCUCAAAGAUUGCAUAAAUCUUAUUGAGGUUGAUCAAUCCAUUGGUCAGCUAAAGACGCUUAGUUUUUUAAACCUUGAAGACUGCAAAAAUCUAAGGAAACUUCCAAGAACCAUUGGUAUGUUGGUAUCUCUUGAAAAGCUGAUUUUAUCAGGUUGCUUAAGACUUGAUCAUGUGCCGAAAGAGUUGCAGUGUAUGAAAUCAUUGAAGGUGCUUGGUUUGGAUGAAACUGCUAUAUUUGACUCGAAUUCAUGGUUGUCUUGGUUAUCAUUGAAAAGAAGAAAAGAAAUGAGUUUGUUUUGGGAGUUUUUACCAUGUUCUUUGGUCAAGUUGAGUCUGGAGAAUUGUAGACUAUCGGAUGAUGUUAUGCCCAGUGAUCUUAGCAGUGUACCCUACUUGCAAUCUUUAAAUUUAAGCAGAAACCCAAUUCAUAGCUUGCCUGAGAGCAUUAUCAACCUUACAAAGCUGAAGGAACUUCUUCUAUCUUCUUGCAAACAACUCCAAUCACUUCCAAAGCUUCCAAUAACUUCGAGUGGCCGGCACAUAAAAAUUUGUCAAUCAGUAAAUAGAAUGUCAAGUGUAGCUUACCUUUUGUCUUUCAAAAGGUGCAUUAUUUUUGGUUGUGAAAAGCUAACUAAGGUUGAAGGAGUGUUCAUGUUGGAACCAACUGAAAACUUUGAAGCGGAACAGAUCGAAUGCUUAUUCAAUGUGGGCUCUAUUGGAAGUAACAAAGUAGAAAUUUAUAACUAUCUUCUAGACACAAAAGUUGUUACAACCCCACAGGUAAUCCAUGAAUGUGGCAUCACUAGUUGUUUUGUUUCAGGAAGUGAGGUCCCAAUCUCAUUCGAGCAUCGUAGUAAAGGGUCAAAGAUUUCUUUUUCUUUCCCAUCAUAUGAUUUUCCCGAUGAAAAGAUCAGUUGUUUGAGCCUAUGCAUCGUGUUUUCUGUUGUUGAUGAUAAAGUUAUACUUGACAGUACUCCAUGUGUGGCAAUUACUAACGAAACCAAGCAGAUCGAUUUUGCUUAUUACUCGAGUUUCGUGGGAAUUCCAGAAUCCAAUAAUGACACAAUGUUGUGGUUAAUCCAUUGGCCAGUAAAGCGUUUCCACUUCGAAGCUGGUGAUAAUGUGAGUUGCAUGCUGUUUUCUAUUUUGAACAUUAAAGAAUUUGGAGUUGCAGGUAGAUGUAAAUCGGGAAACAACGUUAUAUCUGCAUGUGAACUACUUCAACAAGAUCAUCAAGGAAUUGAUGAAGACAAUGAGUUAAACAUCGAGUUGGACCUAAGUGAAGAAGACUUACUUAGUUUGAACUCUAAUGGAAAUGCCAAAGUACAAAUUUACAAUCUCUUAAAGGAAUCAAAUAUGGUUGCAUCCCCACAGGUCUUAUAUGAUUGUGGGAUAAUUAGCAAAUAUGAUCGAUUGUGUUGGUAUGGUCUUCAUGUUGUGAGCAGGGGGUCUAAGAUUUCAUUUACAGUGCCCUUUGGCAAAAAGAUUAGUUGGCUAAAAUCGAUCAUCCUUCUUUUUGCUGACACUGACAAAACAUUUGAUUUCUUACCUCGUGUUGAAAUUGUUAAUGAGACCAAAGACACCAAGUGGACCUAUUGCAAACAUUUCGUUGGAAUUCCUGAAGCCAGGAACUUGGUCACGUGGAUAAGCUCUUGGAAAUUUAAGGGUGAAUUACAAAGCGGGGAUCAUGUUAGUUUUACAGUGCUUUCUGAUUUACGUGUGAAAGGAUGUUUUAUUGACUUCAUAUAUGAAUCAGAUGACCAUCUUGACCUGUCUAUAUGCAACUCCAGUGACCGGUACUCGCAUGGUUCGAUGAGAUGGUCCACUCUUUUUUUUGAAACUUUUGAAAUAGUCAUUGAACAAGGGCCAAAAAUGGAUAUUAGCAAACUAGAAAUAGUAGAAGGCCUCAUGCUUAUGUCAUUUUUUGAAAAUAUGCUUGGGAUUGAUCUCAUGGUAGUGGUCCAUAGGUUACACAUUAAUCCAAACAUAAAACCAGUUUUGUAA